AUGCAACAGAAAUAUGAGGUGGAGAUAGAACAAUUGAAGGAAAGUUUGAUUGCACUGACCAAAGAAAAUGAAUUUUAUUUCGACAAAUUGCGCCGAAUUGAAAAACUUUGCCAAAAUGCUCAAAAUUCUUCCACUACGUUGCGUGAAGAAAUUAUGGCGAUACUAUACGAAGUCAAGGAAGGUUUCGCAAUUUUCGAAGAUGAUCCUCAAGUUCCUGCUGAAGCUGUUGGCAGCAAUCCGGAAGACACUGUGGAUCUCGAAGGACAACGUUCCCCGGAAGAAUCUUUUUUAAACGACUCUGAAACCUAUUAA